AUGUAUCCAGCUGGCUGGUGGGAUGAGUUGACAGUAGCGUUCGUUUUCAAGAGGCGAUACGGGUGGUACAUUCUGCAGGGUUACAUACCAACAAUGGUCACCAUCGUGAUCUCAUGGAUAUCGUUCUAUUUGGGGUCAAGAGCGAUUCCAGCCAGAACAAUGUUAGGAGUGAAUUCGCUACUGGCGAUGACGUUCCAGUUCGGAAACAUUAUCAGAAAUCUUCCACGGGUAUCAUAUGUGAAAGCGAUAGAUGUUUGGAUGUUAAGGUGA